CGGCGGCGGCCGCGGCGCGGAGCGGAGCGAGGGGGAACGCGCGCCGGGCAUGGAGGACGGCGUGGCGGGGCCGCGGCUCGGGGAGGCGGCGGAGGCGGUCGGGGCGCGGGCGCCUCCCCGGGUGACUCUGCGGCCCUUCGCGCCCUUCUACGCGGCGGCUGCCGAGGCGGACGAGGGCGGCGGCGACUGGAGCUUCAUCGACUGCGAGAUGGAGGAGGUGGACCUGCAGGACCUGCCCAGCGCCACCAUCGCCUGCCACCUGGACCCGCGCGUGUUCGUGGACGGCCUGUGCCGGGCCAAAUUUGAAUCCCUCUUCAGGACGUAUGACAAGGACAUCACCUUCCAGUAUUUUAAGAGCUUCAAACGUGUCCGAAUAAACUUCAGCAACCCCUUAUCCGCAGCCGAUGCCAGGCUGCAGCUGCAUAAGACUGAGUUCCUGGGGAAAGAAAUGAAGUUGUAUUUUGCGCAGACAUUACACAUAGGAAGUUCACACCUGGCUCCACCCAACCCAGACAAGCAGUUUCUCAUCUCUCCUCCCGCCUCUCCACCGGUUGGUUGGAAGCAAGUAGAAGACGCUACCCCAGUCAUAAAUUACGACCUUUUGUAUGCUAUCUCCAAGCUGGGCCCAGGUGAGAAGUAUGAGCUGCAUGCGGCGACAGACACCACGCCCAGCGUGGUGGUCCACGUGUGCGAGAGUGACCAAGAGGAUGAAGAGGAGGAGGAAAUGGAGAGGACGAAGAGACCCAAGCCAAAAAUCAUCCAGACGAGGAGGCCGGAGUACACGCCUAUCCACCUCAGCUGAACCGGCUCGCAGACGGAGACGACACGUUCUCAACCCCAUUCGUGGGGAGGAAUCUUUUACUGUGCAGGAGGCUGGUCACAGCUUUGGAGGUGACGGCCGUGACCACUGUGACAGAAAUUCCAGUUCAUGUCGCUCAGAAGAGAAUCAAGGCUCUGUCUCCUCGUUCUGACACGGCACCUCAGCCCAUGUCCGUGGCACCCAGGAACGUGUUGGGCCAUUCACUGAGUUGGUCAUACUCACACAAGGGUAUCUAGGGACAUCUUGAGAAAACUGAUAAUGGUAGUGUCUUGUACUCGCUCUUUUUCCAGGUUCUGUUUUUGCCAAGGACAGGUUGACUGGUGGCCCCGGGGAAAGAUUUCUGUUUCCAACCGGUGUUCAGGGUCCAGCCCCCGCUGGUAAGCAGAGGCACCCCACAAAGCCACCAAGUGUCCAGUGCGGAACGGUUACGGGACAACCCCAGUGCCAUGUGGAAAUCGUCCUUCCCAUGUCUCCCCUCGUGUGCUAACGUUCACGCAUGUAUAGUACUGGGUUCCAAGACUAACCUUUGUCCGUGUGUGAAUGCACCGUUGUUUUCCGUCUUGGGAAGCUGGGGCAUCUCUGGAGAGCUGUGGUCUUUCCUGGUCCCUGGCCUUCUCUGCGACAGCGUGCACACGUGGGGUCACCCCUGGAGGCGUCCACACGUCACCCUGUCCCGCGCACCGUGUCACUGGUGCUUUCCCGCACAACAAGGUGAUCUUGAGUUCCUGUGUAGAAUGUAGCGUCUGCAAUGGAGAGAACAGUUUUGCUGUCAGGUGCCGGUGGGCGGGAGGUUUUGGGUUAGGUGUUUGGGUUCAGGCGUCAGUCCUAUUGUUUCUUUCAUGUAGUGUGGUUCGUACGUGACUUUCAGCCGAAAACCUCUUUGGGAGUUGUUUGUUGAGACAGUUGAAACGUGAAGAUAAACUUGUAAAUAAAGCCAAGAGCAUAUCUUAAUACCCGUUGUGUACCUGGGUGAGAACAGAGGGCAGAAGGGGUCUCGAGCUACCUGUGACAUGUGUGUGGUAGAAACUGCCGUCAUGUGUUUAGCGGGAUGAAUUUGGAGCAUGUGAUGUCGUAGCUGUGUGUUGCUAGAGGGACACAGUGCCUUUCCCCUUUCAUCCCAGAUGGACCGCGAGACGCGGCCACCAUUUGGGACUUUCUCCUUUUCCAGUCACCCAUGUGUGUGUCUGGUAAACAGGUGUCCUGUUUUGGACUCGCAAUGCCAUUACGAAGUCUGUCACUCUGAAAUAACCUAAUGCCAAUUAACAAUGCAUGCUUUGGGAGUGGGAAGGCGGCUUCCUCUGGGGAGAGCAUAUGCAGUGAGAACGGGUGGGAUGUCCACCAAACCCUGGUCACAGCCCUCAGGGGAGACCAUCACAUUGCUGUCCCCGUGUUCCCACCCCAGUGCUUCUGAGCCGGAGAGGCCAACCUCAAGGGAAUUUUUUUAACAGCAUUCUGUAAUAAAUCAGCGCAGCCUGCUCUCUGGGAAA